AACCACUUUUCACACCGCUCCAGUAGCGAUGGCUCCCCUCGUGGCCUUGGUCCUGCUCGGGCUGCUCUCACUGUCUGGCCUGGAUGCGGUCGCGCGUCCCCCGAAGGUUCAGGUUUACUCACGCCACCCAGCGGAAAACGGAAAGCCAAAUUACCUGAACUGCUAUGUAUCUGGGUUCCAUCCGCCCCAGAUUGAAAUUGAUUUGCUGAAAAACGGGGAGAAGAUGAACGCGGAGCAGUCAGACCUGUCUUUCAGCAAGGACUGGUCUUUCUACCUUCUGGUCCACACUGAGUUCACUCCUAACGCUGUGGAUCAGUAUAGCUGCCGCGUGAAGCACGUGACUCUCGAUAAGCCCAAGAUAGUUAAGUGGGAUCGAGACCACUAACCGGCAUCACAGAGAUUAUGAAGAUGCUGCAUCUGGGUUGGAUGAAUCCAAAUUCUGAUUUGUUGCUUUUUAAUACUGAUAAGCUUUUAUACUUUAUGCACAUAAAUCAGAAAUCGUAUUGAUGUUACC